AUGCAGCUUCAAAUGACAAAUCUUUACAAUGUAUUUAAAGAUUGUGAAUUCCCAAACAGAACUAUUGCAGCAUCUAGCAAUCAGCUCUUCCAUCUGUUCAGGAUUUUGGAACAAGCCCCAGCUGGUCAUUGCUUCCUCAAGAAGAUAAAAACAGGCUGUGUAUCAAUCAUUCCAUCAUACUCAGAGACAAUGGAAUCGAUUUUACCAGAUGCCACAGAAACUGGGCAUCAAUUUCAAGGGUUAGCCAGCUCUGGAGAGGGCGUAAGAAGCGAGAAUACUCUGGAAUUUUAG